CCUGCGGAAAGAGAGGUUAUGAAAUGUGGCUGCUAAUAUCAGCUACUACAUAUCGUGGUUAUGGAAAACUGUAAACUGCAAAGUGGAGACAGCUAACCCGGUUUAAACAGUCUGCUCUUCAGUCGGGCUAAGCGAUCAAGUGUUUUCCUCUUCGAGGGUGAAUGCAUGACCGGAAUUGAACUUUGAUUUGAAUAGUUUCAGUAAACAGCGUCGGGAGAAUCUUCAGGUAUCUGGUUAUAACUUACAUUGGAAAGGUUCUGAACGGGGAAAGAAACAUUCAUAAAGAAAGACCACAAGGCGAUCAUGUCCCAGACCAUUCCUCCCGUUCUCUCUGUUGUCCCCACUCGGGCUCUGGUUGAUGAGACGUUCAAGGUGGUGGUGGAGAAUCUGCCCCCAGCAUCUCCUGUCACACUUCACGCCCUCCUCUACUCGGAGGACAAGGACUACUGGGAGGCUUAUGGACACUACGUCAGUGAUCACAGAGGAACAGUGUCCGUUGCAGAGGAUAUGAGUCUUGGGGGCACCUACACGGGAAAAGAAGCCAUGGGUUUGUUGUGGAGCAUGCGGCCUGAGCCCGGCAGCCGCACGGGUCUCAGGUUGAGAAAGAGGGAAGUCACCAGCCCCAUGCUGGUCCACAUCUCCGUCUACAGUGGACACAUAACCGAGGGCUUCAGGAAGCAGUCUCCUCUGGCCUCCGUGCCCACAGAGAGAUGGUACAUGGCUCCUGGAGUCCAGAGGAUUGAAAUCAAAGAAAAAGGAGUGCGAGGGACUUUCUUCAUACCUCCAGGUCCUGGACCCUUCCCCGGGCUUUUGGAUAUGUGGGGAGGUAGAGGAGGGCUGUUGGAGUAUCGUUCGGCCUUGCUGGCGUCUCAUGGUUAUGCUUCUUUGGCGCUGGAGUACUUCUCCCCCAGUGAGCUGCAGUCAGCAGACCUACAGAUACAGUAUUUUGAGACGGCGUUUAAUAUCAUCAAGGACCAUCCUCAAGUGAUCCCCGACAAAGUUGGAAUUUUGGGUCUUUCCCUUGGCACGAUGUUGGCCUUUAAUUUGGUAGCUGAAAGCACAAAGAUUAAGCCUCGCUGUUGUGUGUGCAUCAGCGGCCAUCACUUGGUUUCAAAUAGACUGAUGAUUGAUGGAUCCCUACCGAACGAUCCAAAGAAACUUCGAUUUGAUGAGAACAACUACCUCAUACGGAGAGAUGUGGUUUUACCGGUUCCCAGUGACCCCUCACAGAAAAUAGAUGUGCGUAACAUAAAAUGUCCCAUGCUGUUGGUCAACGGAGAUGAUGAUCAGAACAGUCCCACAGUGGAGGCUGCUGAGGAUAUCGGCAACAUGAUGCGUUCUGGAGGGAACCUGCACCUGUUGUCCACACUGACGUACCCCGACACUGGACAUCUGAUCGAGCCGCCCUACUCACCUCACUUCAGAGCUACUACCGUUAGAGCUCCCAGAACAAAGGAGAAAGUGAUGAUUCUGUGGGGAGGACAAACCAAACCCCAUUCAGACGCUCAGGAGGACUCCUGGAGGAAGAUCUUAGCUUACCUACAUCAUCAUCUCUACUCCAGCACUACUCCCAAAGCCAAGAUGUAAAGAUUGCAGAACCAGGAAAACACAGCAAAGUGUGUUGAUAGCAUGUUAAACCAAGUUGGAGUUUGUAUGAAAUAUGAAACAGCACUUGUUAGUUUUUUGAAUGAUAAGGUUUUUUACGUUAGUCAAAUUGUGCCUCUAGUUUCAUCAUAAAAUUCUCAUUCCAGUUGUCAAUAUUGUAGGUCUUUGUUUAUUACGACAUGAAAUGUUUUGGCCGAGUUGAACUAUAGCUCUUAUUAUUCUGAUGUUGUUGGCUUCCAACGAUUAAAACUCCUCAGAAAUGCCCAUGAAUGUCACUCCAAUCAAGUGUCUUGAUGACUGUAUAAUUAAGAUCAUUCAUAAUGAUUGGAUUUCUGCCAACAUUUUUUUUCUGUCCGUGUUGAAAUGUUGUAAUCAUUUUUAAAAUAAAUGUUGGGUUCAUGUAACUUUUUCAUAGAUUAAGUGUUUUUUAGUUGACAUCAUCUGCUGUGUAAUUCAGUUUGUAAAAUGAAAAGUCACCUCAAAGAAAAUGGUCUGAGAAGC